AUGUGUUUCCACAACUCGACGCAACACAACGGGUGCGGCCACAUCGGCGAAGCGCACACCCAACCAUGGACGCUCUGUGAAAUAGCAUUGCGCCGACUAAGCGACCUACGCGGUCCGAAUUCUCCACUGCUCUCCCUGCCACCGCCGCGUGAUGUCCCGCCGCCCAAGCGCUCCUCCUCGACGCGCCGCUUCCUCUCCCUGAGCAACACCUUGUCGCGCUCUGCCACAACCUCGUCAGUAGCAUCACGCCGCACAAACCCCGGCCCUACUGUUCGGCCCUCACGUGCCUCGAUCUCCGGGUUCGACCCGUUGGAUCCGCCCACAUCGCUCGACUAUGCGACGCUGCCCGACCACCAGCUCCUCGCCGUGCGCUGCGCGGUGCCUGUGAAUCGCACGCGUGUCACCCGUGACAUGGACGUGUGCAAGUCGUGCAAGCGGUGGAUCGUGGAUAUGCGGCACAUGGUUGAGCGGUACGAGAAGACGGGGAGUAUACGAGGGACAUCUGCAUUUGAGGAGUUCCUCAAUGUUAGGAAGGAGGUGUCUGGUGUAGUGCCGUUGCGCGGGGGCGCGUCGUUUGAGGACGCGCCUGGCCGCGUAGAGGGCGAUCUGACGGUGCCGCUGCGGGAUAGCGUUAUGGGGAUCGAUAUUGGGGCGAGGCAGGCGAUUGUUCUGGGGUAUCCUGAGGAGGAGUUUGAGAGGGGGUUUAGUGGGGGACUGGAGGGGUUCGAGAGGAGUGUUGGGGAACGCAGGAGGGGAAGGUGGUAG